AUGUCGAGCCGCACUAACUCUGUACUGAAGCUGAGCAGCAUGGUGGGAAGCAGCAGCGGCAGCAGCGGCGGCGACGCACGCAGGAAGAAGCGAUGCGGGGGCGGGGACGACGCGGGGGCGGGGCGUCUCGCCGCCUCACAGGACCGUGGGCUGUUUGAGGCGGCGCGUCUCGCGAGCCCCGUCCUGCCUCAGUACCACCCGAAACAGCUCAUGGAACUACUCAACUGCGGCAAAAUCAGGAGGGUGAAGGCUAUACUCGCACAUCUGGUGCGUUGCAUCAGCGGCGGACAGGCGACCCCGGGUUACAACAGCGACAUUGAGGAUGAAACUCAGCUGGACAGGCAGAGAACGUUCACCAAGUCCCGCACUCUGUCGUUAGCAGGGAGUCCGUCUGAUGCUGGGCCAGGCUUCGCGGACCUGGAGCAGCAGCAUGGUGACUACGUAGAGAUAGCGUCAGUGCCACCGCUGCCUCUGUUCGCGUUGCUGGCUGCGGACACCGAGACAAAGGACACGCUGAUGCAGCAGCAGAACGAGGAUUCAACGCACGCCGGCACGGAUACAGCGAAUCUGUUUGAGUUGGCGACGAUGGCGGCGGGCGUGGCCGGGAGACGACGACAGCGUUCCUCGUCGCGAAGCCCCGAGCCACGCAGACUGCAGGUCGUACUGACGCCGAUACGGAGACUGCAGGAUGACUUGACCGAUACGGAAGCCACGACAGACUGCAGGUGUCGUACUGACCGAUAUCGGAGGAGACUGCAGGUGCGACUGACCGAUACGGAGACUGCAG